AUGUUAGAUAGACAACGUGGAACAUGGAUGUUUUUUGCUGAGGGAUUGGCUUAUAUUCCAACUUUAAUAAUUGUAUUAUAUCAUGUUUAUAUAGAAGUAUUUAAAAAGAAUUUAAAUGUAUCAAUCAAACAUAUGUACCUCAAAUCAAUCCCCUUCCUAGUAUUCUUUGUAAUGACAUGGGCAUGUAUAGCCAGGAUAUGCUGUGGAUUCACAGCAUUAUAUUAUGACUCUGAUGCUACACAUAGAGAUAGAGUCACAAUGGGAUUCUAUUCAUGGGCAAUCCAAUUCAUGUGUAUUGAAUAUUACUUUAUUGGACUUCUUUGGAUCAAGUUGGUGUUGGUCUUUCAAUCAAAGAGUGGAAAUGUUGAAAUGGGUCGCGCCAAGUUAAUCGAUUGGAUAGUCUACGUAGCCAUUAUCAUUUCAUUCAUAUUCUAUACUGCAUUUGUUAUUGCUGAAGGUAUAAUAGGUAUAUCACAUGACAAUAGAAUAAGAUGGGAUCAUACAUGGAGAGGAUUCUUCCUGACAGUGGUCGCAUUGAUCGUCUCAGUCUUGUUCCUGUUUGGAUCAAAGUUGCUGUAUAGGCUGUCAAAGUCCAACAAUGGUCUUGACGAAUUACUCAAGAGCAAGAUCAAAGCAAUCAUGUUCACAGUGGGCUUCAUUGGAUCAUCAGCAUGGGUACUCAAUGUUUGCUACAUGAAGCUUGGAAUCGAGAAGCCUCCCCAGGACUGGAUCAAUCUAGGUAUCUUCUUCUUGGAGAUGAUCAAUAUGUAUAGUGUUAUUGGUACAUUGGGUCGAAGUCAGACUGCCACUCUUAUACGUCUAAAGUUGGGUCUGCCCGAGAUGAUUGACACUGACUCAUCAGGAAGCAACAACCCAUCACAAAAGUCCAAUGGCGUAGAGUCAUCCAAGCUCAAGUCCUUGGAAAUGUCCCAAAUGUCACAGACCACCUCUCAAUCAAUCGAAGUAUAUGGAUCCAGUGUAGAGAAUGAAGAUGUCAAUGCUCAUCACUCCUCGGUC